AUGGAAAAUCAGCAACAACAACCAUCCGCCACAUCCCUCUGCCGAGCUGGCUGCGGGUUCUUCGGCUCAGCGGCCACGGAAGGACUCUGCUCGAAGUGCUACAAGGAUUCGAUCAAGCGCAAGCAAGACACCGCUCGUCUAAGCCCUACAGUUGCCAUGUCAUCACCUUCCUCGUCGGUGGCUCCGCCGCCUGUCGUCUCAGAGGCUUCGAUGCGCGACUCGAUUGCCUCGAAUCCUCCCGCUGCCGCCUCAAAUCAAUCGUGCGCCCAAGCGGCUCUUGCCACCGAGGAAGUCGUGGGAAAAUUGGAAAGUGCAGCUGCAAAAGCUGAAGCUGAGACUGGAGUUUCGGAGGCUUCUGAUUCGCCAACUGUUUCGUCGGCUCCCGUGAAGAAGGCCAAUCGCUGCCAUCAAUGCAACAAACGUGUAGGACUUACUGGUUUCUCUUGCCGCUGUGGAGGCCUUUACUGCUCGGAGCAUCGUUACGACAAUGCGCACGGGUGUACAUUUGACUACAAAACAAUGGAACGCGAGGAGUUGCGCAAGAACAACCCGGUGGUCGUCAGCGAGAAGAUUCAACGAAUC